AAUGGCCAAUCCUCUGAAGCAAGUUUUUAACAAAGACAGGACCUUCCGCCCCAAGCGGAAGUUCGAACCCGGGACGCAGCGGUUCGAACUCCACAAGAAGGCCCAGGCGUCGCUCAACGCCGGGCUGGAUUUGAAACUGGUGGUCCAGCUGCCGCCCGGCGAGGACCUGCACGAUUGGGUGGCGGUUCACGUGGUGGACUUCUUCAACCGCGUCAACCUCAUCUACGGGACCAUCAACGAGUGCUGCACGGAGAAGUCGUGCCCAGUCAUGUCCGGGGGGCCGAAGUACGAGUACCGCUGGCAGGAUGAGAAGUACCGCAAGCCCACCGCCCUCUCGGCUCCCAAAUACAUGAACCUCCUCAUGGAUUGGAUCGAGGUGCAGAUAAACAACGAGGAUAUCUUCCCCACAAAUGUUGGGACCCCGUUUCCCAAAAACUUCCUCCAGGUGGUGAAAAAGAUGCUCUCCCGGCUCUUCCGGGUUUUCGUCCACGUCUACAUUCACCACUUCGACCGGAUUGCCCAGAUGGGCUCGGAGGCCCACGUGAACACCUGCUACAAGCACUUCUACUAUUUCGUGAAAGAGUUCAACCUCAUAGACACCAAGGAGCUGGAGCCGCUGAAGGAAAUGACCUCACGGAUGUGCCAUUGA